CUUCACUUGUGAGAUAAGGCCAUUAAAUUCAGGGUGACUCGUCAGGCAAGUUCUCUCUUGAUCGAAGAAAACAACAGAGAAACUUGCGACGUGUCGGAGAUCUUUCGUUCCAAUUGGCCAGAAACUGCCGAGUUCCGGUUAACCUCCCCAACCCUCUCCGUCCGUAUAAAACCGCGGUGCGAGACAAAGCACGAUCCAGUCCAGCUGAUCCGACCCAGAUAGGUUACUGCUGCAUGUAAACUCUCCCGACAUAGGCGUCAGGAUCCCAGACUGACUGUGGAGGUUUAAACUCCUGGGACGCGAAUGAAGAAACUUCUCCUGCUUCACUUCACAUACAGAGGUUUAGUGAGAAAAGGGAAAAAGAGUAAAAGAAGAAAAUGGACCGUUUUAAAUUGCGGAAAGCGGAACCCAAAGAUGUGCCUGACAUACUGCGACUCAUAAAGGAACUGGCUAAAUAUGAAGACAUGGAAGAUCAAGUGAUACUGACUGAGAAAGAUCUGCUCGAGGACGGAUUUGGGGACCACCCAUUUUACCACUGCCUGGUGGCGGAAGACCCCAGUGAGCAGAGCAACAACAACAAUGGUCCUGUGGUAAUUGGCUUUGCCAUGUACUACUUCACCUAUGACCCCUGGAUCGGCAAGCUGCUUUACCUGGAAGAUUUCUUCGUCAUGAAAGAGUACAGGGGGUUUGGCAUCGGCUCAGAGAUCCUCAAGCUCCUCAGUCAUACGGCGGUCAAGUCUCGCUGCAGCAGCAUGCACUUCAUCGUCGCCGAGGGCAACCAGGCGUCGAUAGAGUUCUACAAGCGUCGCGGCGCCGCCGACCUCUCUCUGGAGGAGGGAUGGAGACUCUUCAAGAUCGACAAGAGCUCCCUCCUCAAGAUGUCAUCCGGCCCCGAAGAGUGAGCUGGCCCAGAGACACAGAGAAAGAUGGGGAUUGGAAUGAGAGACUUGGGGUCGAUUUCAAUUCAGUUAAUUAUUUGCCUGUCUCUCACUUCAGCAGUGGGGUGUGUGACUACUGACAAAAGAUUAUUAUUAUUAUUAUUAUUAUUAGAAAAAAGGGGCAUUAAACAUUACUAAUCACUUAAUUUAGGGUUCAUUAAUACUUUUGUUGUAAUAGAUAUUAUUUUAUCUAAAGCCAUUUUAGUAGUUGAUGUAGUUUUUAGUUUAUUCUGCCAAUCAACAAACCUUAAAGCCUUUUGUGUAGGAAUCCUAUCUAGAACCUGAAAGGGUGUAGCGUGCUCCUUUUCCUUAUAGACCAAUCUAGGUAACUCAUUCUAAAAUAGUGAUUUGUAGUUUUAAUGUGUUUAUUUUUCUGCAAUUAAACGGUUCAGAGCA